AUGACAACAUCACACGCCAACAACCCUUUUAAGGGCGAAUGUGGAAGUUUUCUUCUCCUGCCAUCUUCCUCUAUAGACAGACACAGUCUAUUGUCAUCUCCCUCCACCCACCAGACAGAAACAUUCUGUUGCUAUCUCAAUCCACCUACCACAGACAGACACAUUCUGUUGUCAUCUCCCUCCACCCACCACAGACAGACACAUUAUGUUGUUAUCUCACUCCAACCACAAUAUCUAGACACAUUCUGUUGUCAUCUCCCUCCACCCACCACAGACAGACACAUUAUGUUGUUAUCUUACUCCAACCACCAUAUCUAG